AUGGACAAGACGAAGUACUUCAACAAGUCUCUGACCCUCUCGGUCGUGCUGAUCGCCAUCUCGACCUUCAACUAUGGCUUCGACAAUCAGGCCUUCGCCACCACCCAGGCUAUGGAUCACUUCCAGCGGCAAUUCGGCGAGUUAGACCCAGCUACAGGUGACUACUCUCUACCAUCAUCUUGGUUAGCACUCUUCAACAGUCUUAUGUAUCUCGGCUUCACUGCUGGCGUGUUGAUUGGCGGUUGGGUCUGUGAUCGUUUCGGCCGUCGCUGGUGCAUGUUCAGCAUGAGUAUAUACGCCCUGGGAACUGCAACUAUUGCGGUAACGUCAAACACGCGCGAACAAAUCAUGGCGGCGCGCGUCCUCAACUACGUCUAUGUUGGCAUGGAGAUGGCUGUCGUACCCCUCUACCAAUCUGAAAUCGUUCCCGCCCCAGUCCGUGGCCUCGUCGUUGGGACCUACCAAUGGAGUCUAAUCAUCGGUGGUAUUGUCAUCAACUCCGUCUGCUACGGCACGAGCCACCUGGAUGACAAUCGCUCCUGGCGUAUCCCUCUCGGCCUCUUCUAUGUCGUCCCAACGAUCGUGGCAGCUGGUAUCUGGUUCCUCCCAGAAUCCCCUCGCUGGCUCGUCCGAAACGGUCGCAACGAAGAAGGCCGUGCCGCCCUUCAGAAGCUCCGGCAUGGGGCUUUCACCGAGGCAGAAGUCGACAAGGAGUUCCGCGAGCUGGAGUUCGCAAUGGACCACGAGACGCAGAAGGGCAAAUCGGUCGAGAUUUUCCAGGGACUCAACCUCAAGCGCACCCUCAUCGUUGUGGGCGUCAACUUCUUCCAGCAAUCAACUGGUCAAGCAUUCACUUCCCAGUACGGUGGCGUCUUCGUCCGUACUCUAAAGAUUUUCAAUCCUAUUCUUUUCACACUUAUGACAAGCUGUUUCACAGGCGUCGUCAUGGUCGCCACCCUAUUACUGAACGACAGGGUGGGCAGGCGGAUCAUGCUAAUGCUCUCAAGCGUCUGCAUGCUUGCGGUCCUGCUGACGCUGGGUGGCCUCGGCAUCCAGACGCCGGUCGCGAGGGACCGGAUGCAAGGCAUCGUGGGCGUCAUGUGCUUGUUCGGCCCAUCAUUCGCGCUGGGCUGGGGCCCCAUGACCAUGGUGGUCGCAACGGAAAUCACCUCUCUCCGCUUGCGGGAUAAGACUUCUCGUCUGGGUUUCUUCAUCAACGUCCUUACUAACUUCGUCGUCAGUUUCUCGAUUCCCUACCUGGUCUUCCCUGAUCGCGCCGGUCUGGGCAGCCGAGUCGGUUUCAUCUUCGCUGCCUUGUGCAUUCUGGCCUCUGUCUUCGUCUUCUUUUGCGUCCCAGAAUGCAAGGGGAAGACUCUCGAGCAGGUGGAUUGGCUCUUCAUCAACAACGUGCCUAUCCGUAACUUUAAGAAGAAGGACACAUCCAAUAUGUUGGAAGAGGCUGAAACUCCGCGAGGAAAACUAGACCAAGAGGGAGAUCAAGACGAGUCUGAGAAGCCCGGAGCUGAAGUCCAGGUUGAGCGGGUCACAUAA